AUGUGUUUUACAGGGUAUCCCAAACGGAAACAGGAACUUGUGUUGUGUGAUUUUGAGAACAGUUUAUACUGCGCACUAUUUAAUGAUUACCUAGGUUUUUACCUAUUUACUGAUCCGACCGCAGUAAAUGUAAUGGCUUCUAAAAUCCAAUUUUCCAGAGCUGGUUCUCAAAUGCCUACAUACCAAAAGAUUUAUUCCAAUGAGUCUGUCAAACAGUAUACAAAUGAAUUUUCGGACACUUGCUUUCCUGAUCUUCGCUUAUUUUGGCAGACAGAGUCAGUAUUACAAGCUGUAUGUGAAUUUCUUCUUUCUAGGCGAAUAUAUGAUUAUCCCAAUAGCAUUUCCGGAACCCGUUACAAUCAACCUGCCAGGACUGCCCUUUCUCCGUUGAGUUUUUAUGAGUUGUCCACUAAACCAACUGUAUGUCAACUAUUUUUGGUGAGAUCUUUUCUCAAAUUCUUCUACUUUGCAUUGUUCAAUCAUACAAAUCCAAAUCAUUUUCAAAGUUUACAACAGCAAAUAAUAUGGAAUAAAUUUCUCAAUUAUCGAAAGUAA